AUGAUUCGGGUUUUAAUCCAGGAUUGUCACCUCCGACUAAGCAAGUACAAAGUAGCAUUUGAGGAUGAACAAGCGAAGUGCUCAAGGAUCCUUGGAGAACCGCUGACAAAUGAUCUUCAUCGCAGCAUUUCUCUCAGUGCCAGGCGCAUUCGCGAUGUACGUGAAUCAAAACUGAAGCAGAAGUUGACCACACUGAGCGAAAAGAAUGCCAGCCUCUGCCAUGAUAAUGUUGUGCACAACCUAUCUUCCAAACAACUGACAGCAGAGCAGAUAAAAGUCCUGAGCCAUGAUGCCUGCUUCAAUACGACGGAUGCCCAACCUGUUGACUUCAUCGCAGCUGCGGAAUCUGUCAUUCGUGAAGCUCCAAUCACUGAGGAAAACAGAAAUCUGCUACGACAGCAAAUAUCCUCCAGACUCAUGUCCCACAAGAAACGCAAUAUGCUCUCGAAAGCAGAAAACGAAGCACUUCGGACUCUGAAGGUCGACAAAAGCAUUGUCAUACUCCCGGCCGAUAAAGGACGAUCGACGGUCGUACUGAACAAGGAGGACUACGUCAACAAAGUCGAGGCCGUGAGCAAUUAUCACGGUGACAGUGAGCCAGUUUGCCGAGCGAUCAUCACACCAGCAUCGAGCACGGAUGACGAAAUCGCGGCAAUUAACAACUCGGACUCGGACCGCCAAGCCACCGCCGCAUCAAUUACGACCCCAGCGGCGAUUGUGAGAACUGUUAAUUGCAGUGCGCAUACGGUCCCACGGCAGCCACGUGCUAUAAAUACUGCACUCCUGGUGCCACCUUCACCUCUAUCUGCUAAUGUCUCUGAUGAUGGAUUCGAGUGAGAAUCCGAAACGUCAGGCAAAUAAACUUCUUGUUCCAGUGGUCGCAUCUUCAUCUUCUGAACUGCUACCUGGGACUCGCCUGUUCGCUUCUAUCAGCAAAGUCGAGGCCCUUUUGGGCGAUAAAACUGCCUACAUUCCUUGUGAAGGUGAUAUGACGAAGACUUUAAUGAGCAAAAUCAACAAGGACCUGGAAAGUCUUCGGAAGUUAAAAGCGAUUACACAGCUUGACUGGCAGCGGAUAAAACCAAAGGAUUCCGCGAUCGCGAGAUUCUAUGGUCUACCCAAGGUCCACAAACCAGGAACCCCCCUACGACCGAUCGUUUCUCUAAGAGGCACACCAACAUUUGGCCUGGCUAAGUGGCUGUUCCAGCGUCUGAAAUUCCUAACCCAAGGUCCUGAAACUACCAUCCACUCAGCAGAACGAUUCCUUGAGAAACUGCAAGGUAUUCAACUUACAGAUGACGAAGUGAUGGUAUCUUUCGACGUGAUAUCACUCUUCACUUUCAUCCCACAACAUCUCGCGGUUGAAACUGUGCAAACCUUGUAAGAGCAACGUUAUAACGAGACGGAAAACAAACUUAAGAUAAAACACCUUGUCGAUCUCCUGAAACACCGCUUGAAGACCUUCUUCAUCUUCAAUGGAGCCACGUACGAAAAAGUUAAAGGCACACCGAUGGGGUCGCCGUUAUCCAGCUUGAUUGCUGAGGCAGUGUUACAGCGACUGGAGGCACUGGCUUUUGACCACUACCGACCGCGAUUGUGGGUACGGUAUAUUGAUGACACAUUUGCCAUCAUCAGUCGGGACAGGAUGUGGGAAUUCACGCAGCAUCUGAACUCGAUCUUCCCAGAUAUCCAGUUCACGAUGGAGGAGAAAAAAGAUUGCCAGUUGCCGUUCCUCGACGUACUAGUCCAGAGAAAAGGCGAUGGGGGACUAAAAACAACAGUUUACCGAAAGGCGACAAAUACCUCUCGUAUUCUGAGUUUUCUCAGCAACCACCCCCUUUCGCACAAACGCAGCUGCGUAAGAACACUCUACCGACGGGUAGAAACCCACUGCACAGAGCCAGCCGACAAGAAGGCCGAGGCCCAGUUCCGGAGGUAACUCUUCACCAUGAACGGCUACCCUGGGAAUUUCGUCGAAAAGUGCAGGCGAGAAACUCGGGGAAGAAAAUCGAAGGGGCAGCCGAAACCGAAGUGCUGGUGCGCAGUGCCGUACGUAGCUGGUUUGUCAGAAGAAUUCGACAGACCCGUGAGCGAAUUUGGGAUGGGCGUCGCGCACAGACCUGAAGCCACAAUCUGAAGGCAACUCAUGCAGCCCAAGGAUCCGAUUCCCAUAAAUCAGAAAUCGGGGGUCAUUUACCGGAUAGACUGCAAUUGCGGUCAGGCCAGUUAUGUUGGUGAAACCAGAAAACAGGUCCGCACGAGAUUGCAUGAGCAUGAAUUGGCCGUGAGACGGAAGGAUAAACUCUCUUUGUUAGCCGCCCACGCCUCCUCGCCAUGACACGCUUUUGACUUUGGGAGCGUGAGAAUACUAGGACAGUCAGACAACCGAGUUGCGCGCCUGCUGCAGGAAGCGUGGCACUCAACUGAGGACGCGAUUAAUCGACAUAUCGAUCUGCAAAUCGCCAAUCAAGCACUGCGUGAACAAAGCAACUGCGCAGCUAUAGGUCACCCCCGGCAGAGGUCAGCUAAAUACACGACGAGCUGUACAGUUUUUUCAUUCCUUGAUGAUGGGCUCGCGUGAAAGUUCGAAAUGUCGGAUAAAUAAACCAUUGGUCCCAGCGAUCGCAGGCGAGGGUUUAAGUAUGAGCCCCAAGUCACAACGAAACGAGUAUGUUCCGUCACCUAAUCGGCGUGAGCCCACUGUCAUAAUUAAUAUUGUCGAUCACAACCGACAGGACAACGGGCCCGUGGCUCAAUGGUAGAGCGCCAAACUCCAUGACCAAAGAUCCCGGGUUCGAAUCUCAAGUGAUCCAAACUUGGGGUUGGGUAUGACUGGCUGAUGACGGCUAAUAAGCCAAAAAUGGCCAUUCCGGUCUCCCUUGUCUUUGUCGGUUCCAUCUCAUAUAUAUAUAUAUAUAUAUAUAUAUAUAUAUAUAUAUAUAUAUAUAUAUCAGGUGAAUAAUUUCAGAAAUUAAUCAUUGCAGGACUUGGAGUUAAAUCUCCGGGACAUGACUUUUUAGGGUCAGAACCGAAAUUUCAAUGAACAUUUGAGUCGAAGACAAUCAACUACUGUGGAAUAACCACGGAAUGCCCAUUCUACAAACAAGUAGUUAUACGAGUAGUAUGAAUUCCAUAUGGUAAAGGUAUUAUACCGUACUCCCGACAUAGAUACUUGCUAAAAGCCCAGACACGUGUUUCGCCGAUAUUCUGCCGCUACGUGACGCAGCUGCGAGGCGUUCGGCUCUUCAGUGGGACCCCCAGCGUUCUCUAGCCGUUUCUGGUAUAUGAACUCCAGAGAAUAAUCAGGUGAAUAAUUUCAGAAAGUAAUCAGUGCAGGACUUGGAGUUAAAUCUCCGGGACAUGACUUUUUAGGGUCAGAACCGAAAUUUCAAUGAGCAUUUGAGUCGAAGACAAUCAACUACUGUGGAAUAACCACGUAAUGCGCAUUCUACAAACAAGUAGUACUACGAGUAGUAUGAAUUCGUAACACGUGUCUGGGUUUUUACAUGUAUCUAUGUCGGGAGUACGGUAUAAUACCUUUACCAUAUGGAAUUCAUACUACUCGUAUAACUACUUGUUUGUAGAAUGGCAUUCCGUGGUUAUUCCACAGUAGUUGAUUGUCUUCGACUCAAAUGUUCAUUGAAAUUUCGGUUCUGACCCUAAAAAGUCAUGUCCCGGAGAUUUUACUCCAAGUCCUGCACUGAUUACUUUCUGAAAUUAUUCACCUGAUUAUUCUCUGGAGUUCAUAUACCAGAAACGGCUAGAGAACGCUGGGGGUCCCACUGAAGAGCCGAACCCCUCGCAGCUGUGUCACGCAGCGGCAGAAUAUCGGCGAAACACGUGUCUGGGCUUUUAGCAUGUAUCUAUGUCGGGUGUACGGUAUAAUGCCUUUACCAUAUGGAAUUCAUACUACUCGUAUAACUACUUGUUUGCAGAAUGGGCAUUCCGUGGUUAUUCCACAGUAGUUGAUUGUCUUCGACUCAAAUGUUCAUUGAAAUUUCGGUUCUGACCCUAAAAAGUCAUGUCCCGGAGAUUUAACUCCAAGUCCUGCAAUGAUUAAUUUCUGAAAUUAUUCACCUGAUAUAUAUAUAUAUAUAUGAGAUGGAACCGACAAAGACAAGGGAGACCGGAAUGGCCAUUUUUGGCUUAUUAGCCGUCAUCAGCCAGUCAUACCCAACCCCAAGUUUGGAUCACUUGAGAUUCGAACCCGGGAUCUUUGGUCAUGGAGUUUGGCGCUCUACCAUUGAGCCACGGGCCCGUUGUCCUGUCGGUUGUGAUCGACAAUAUUAAUUAUGACAGUGGGCAAAGCGGAAUGAGCAUGUUCCAUAACGUUAUCGGCGAGCGCCCACUGUCAUAAUUAAUAUUCCCGAUCACAACCGACAGGACAACGGGCCCGUGGCUUAAUGGUAGAGCGUCAAACUCCAUAACCAAAGAUCCCGGGUUCGAAUCUCAAGUGAUCCACACUUGGGGUUGGGUAUGACUGGCUGAUGACGGCUAAUAAGCCAGAAAUGGCCAUUCCGGUCUCCCUUGUCUUUGUCGGUAUCAUCUCAUAUAUAUAUAUAUAUAUAUAUAAUUUUAGGGGGCGCUCACCGAUCGUUCAUACGGAACUCACUCGUUCCGUUGUGCCUUAUGGACUCUCUCUCGAGCCCAACCAGCAGCCGCACAGCGGCGCAUGAUAUAUAGGCACACUUCGGGCUUGGGUAUGGCUGGGUGACGACGGCUAAUAAGCCAGAAAUGGCCAUUCCAGUCUCCCUUGUCUUUGUCGGUAAUAUCAUUCUGCAUAUAUAUAUAUAUAUAUAUAGUACCACUCAAAAGAUUCCCUGUUUACAACAGAGCUAAUUGGUUGUACAAGCAUCUGAAGCAGUUAAUCCACGGGACUCGCCACAGAAUUAAGAGCUCUCACGAAUUCCUCGACCGGAUCGAAGACCUCAAAUUAUGCACUGAUAAAUGCCUCCUGUCUUUUGACGUCGUUGCCUUAUUUUCCUUUAUACUACACUUUUUGGCAAUUGACUGCGUAACCCAACGCCUACAGGACAAUCCUGUUGAUAUCCCCCCGCAGCACGUUAUAGCACUGCUCGAGCUCUGCUCUCAGAACUAUUGUAAAUUCGACAAUGAGUACUACCAACAGGUGAAGAGAACCCCGAUAGGCUCACCAAUAUCGGGAAUACUCGCCAAGCUAAUAUAACAGCGACUAUAAGAAGGGGUUUUUCAAACUCUAAACCCGAAUAUGUAGCACCACUAUGUCGACGACACCUUUGUCGUGAUAAAAAACCGCGAAGUCGAAAGGCCACAUCAGAGGCUGGCUGAUGUCUUUCCAGCCAUACAAUUUAGUCGUGAAGAGGCAGUAGGAAACAGUCUGUCGUUUCUGGACGCGAAAUUAAAGAAGCUGGACGAUGGAAGCCUUGCAACGUGCGUCCAUAGGAAAUGAUCUGAUUUUGAGAUUAUUCUCGAUUAUGGGAGCGGUCAUUCUGCGGCUCACGAAAGGAGCUGCGUCCGAACACUCCCACCGGCCCUAUCGCUAUCGCGGCAAUGAUUAUUUCCUGAAAAAAGAACUAGCCUAUCUGUAUCGGUUGUUUCUAUUUAACGGAUAUCCGAUCAGUUUUGUGAAGAACUGCCUCAAGCGCCAGGCGUAACCCCAAGGCCCCUCCUCAAACGGAGAAAUCGUGGCACGGAAAUUCUUCUCCCUACCCUCUAUUCAAGGGAAAUGAUCGUCCGGAAGCUAGAUCGGUUUGGUGUCCGCGUUGCCCACAAGCCAGCAUCCUCGCUGCGCACAGCCUCAACUCGAGUAAAGAAUCCUAUCUCCAAAGAGGAACAGACUAACGUUAUCUAUCGCAUCCCGUGUGCCAAUUGUCGCUGCGUAUACGUUGAUCAUACAGGACGACGCCUGGGAACUCGAAUUAAUGAAAACAAACUAGCUCUUCGUCGUCGUGACCACUGUCUCUCGUGUUUGCGCACGCCCUCCAGUGCGAUCACCGUUUUAAUUGGGAUACCACCGAGGCCAUCGCCACGGCCAACACAAAACGGGCGAGUGAAUUCCUGUAGGCAUACUACUCUAACGCUGACAGUAUCAACCGCCACGUUGACCUAGAUGUCCAUCAUGACGGCCUACGAUCACGGCUCACUGAGCCGUGUCCCAUGCCGCAUCAACAGCAGCUAAUCUAGCCGCCCGCAGUUCCACCAACCUACCAUUCUUCCUUCCCAGCCAACACCGGGAACCGUAUAUGCUCUCUUCUCCCCGCUCACCUCAUCCCGGUUCAAAACCCACCGUGACCCUCUGCCCACAUCACCACCCCCACAUGCCAAUGCUCCGCCUGCCAAUGCUCCGCCUGCCAAUGCCUGUCCAGUCGCGCCGACAAGCCCAGUGUGA